AUGGACGAUGGAGGAAAAUGCUUGCUAGAUGUCAUCAAUGAUCCGUUGCUGUUUCAAUCGUUCUUCGAAGGACGCGAAGAUGCAGAUGGCCUUUCCGCUAACGUGGUUGACCAACAGCUCGAGAGUCUCGCCAACGGUUCCGGAAACCUGUUACUGGGAGCCAGCUCAUCGAACUCCACACUCAGACCAGCUCCGCUCGCGAAUGGUGGACAACUUCCUGUGUCGUCCACAGCAGACAACAAUGGCCGUGCCACGAACGGCGAAAAGCAGCAUAGUAACAAUAUCAAUCAACUCAAUUUUAGUCGUUUGGAAGAUCACCUUGGCCCGGUGGAUCUUCAAGCACCCAACGGUCCCCAGACAGCGUCACAAAUUAAUCUAGAUCAGAUCAAUUUAAGACUAGAUUCUGGAGUUCCGGGUCUUGAUGCCCUCCAUCAGCAAUUGUUGUCUCAAGGCGCGUAUUCGUGCGGUGGUUUAAGUAGGGAUUUCGAAGAUGUCUCUCAAGACACCCAACAACAACAGCACCUCUUAAGCAGUCAACAACUGUCAGCUGGUCAUCUGCAAACAAAUCAAACGCAGUCAAGCACAUCCCCCAUAUCUGCAUCGAACGUCGCGAGCAAUGCGACGUUCCAACAAACGACAACGAACACCGCCGUGGACUGCCAGCAACGUGUUGUUGCCCAGUCCUACAACUCUUCAUCGGCUGGAAGUUCUCCGGUUCUAACCCAGAACAGCAUAAACGCUUCUCCUGUUCGUUCGCCGUUGAGUCAGCAGCAGCAACAACAACAACAGCUUCAACUCCAGCAACAACUCCAAAUCCAGCAGCAGCAUCAGCUGCAACAACAGCUGCAACAGCACCAGCUGCAACAACGGUUGCAGCAACAGCUGAUUCAGCAGCAGCACCAAACGCCGGAUCAGCAGCAACAAAAGCAACAAACCCAAAAUCAGAUCCUUCUGACGACAGGUCCACAGCGUUCUGUAACUCCGCAGACGCCAAAUGGAGUUUCUAGCGCGACGACAUCAAACCCAGCAACCCCGGCACAAGCAUCCGAAGGGCUCACCCCUUCUCCAAGUCCCCAGCUGCAGCUUUUGCCGCAACAACCGCAAUCGCAGCAGCAGCAGCGAACUCCACCCCUGCAAAGCGUACAGACAUCACCUGCGCCGCAGCAACAAGCGGCGCAACAACAACCGGCGGCAGCUCCUGUGCAGCAGUCGGCGAUCCUCACCGGUCAUCAAGUCAGCAGUCAGGCGGCGGGCUCCCUACAAUUGACGGCGGCGACGGCGACAUCAUCGACGGUAACUGCAGCACCGACUACCACGAGUCCGGCUCAAAUAAUUUUCGGGGCUCAACAAGGCAUUAUUCAGACGGGAGGUCCUGCAGGAACCAUUUUGCUCAACCAGCCAAUGCUCUCUCAGGCGGGACUGUCCGCCGGUCAGCAGCCGCUCAUCGUACAAUCGGUCAACGGUCAAUUGCAGUUGAUACGACCGCCUCAGAUGAUAUCGCAAGCGGCCACGUCGAACAACGCGAACGCUCCGAAACUCAUGCUGCAGACUGCUCAGAGUAGGUCCAACUUCGUGUUGGCGCCCAAACUGACUCCUGGUGGCGGUCUGUCGUUCCAACUGCAAGCGGCGCCGCAUCAACAGCCAAUACUCCUCCAACAGCCGACGAUUCUCGGCGCGACGCCGACGUUCGUGCAAAUGAGUACUCCGAACACCCCUCCCCUGAUGGCUACGCCCACCCCUCCCUUGGCGACGACGCCCACCCCCGUACCGCCGCCCUCCACUCCGAGUCCUGCGCCAAGCAAACCGCCGACGCCAACAGGACAUAAAGAAAGCAACAAGAACAAUAAAAACAAUAAUAAUAACAACAACAGCAAUCAUAACAACAACAUCACUACCGGAAAUAUCAACAACAACAACAAUAAUAAUAAUAACAACAACAACAACAAUAUUGAAGAACAGCCCAAAGCCAGACCCAGUGUCAACUUGGGAGACCUCCUGAAGGAACAUGGCAUUCUAGACGCAUCUCCGCCUCCGUCCCCUCCCGAGCCCGAAUCGACACCAGUUCUCGAACAGCCCAAGAAGUCGGCUCUUCUUGAGCGGUUAACAGCAGCACACCCUCCUGUGACACCGACGACGACGACGCAGAAGGUCGGCAUGCUGCAGAUUAACGGGAACAUGGUGCCGGUAGUUCUCCCUCCACAGGUGGCGGGACAACCUUCAAAUGUAAUCAAUGUACAGACUCUUCGACAACCAACGCCUCAAGUUGUAUCUAGGGAACAACAGCCCCAAACUCCGCAAUUGACCUCUCCUAAUUUAAGUGCUAUGCAGCCCACUGUGAUUCAGCCCGCAGCUACUGGCGGUGCUCCAAGGAUGGUAUACUUGUCUAAUAAUACGACAUUGGGGAACGGCGGGAAAGUGGUCUCGAUGCUCGGCGGUCAGAUCGGUCAGCCGGGUCAGGUUGUUAUCAGACACGGAGUGCCCACCAGGACUCACCAGACCUCCCCGGUCAACGAUCCUCUAUACGACAGAUUGAAGACUCAGCUGGCGGGUUUAAGUGCCCUGGAAAAUCCCACGAUACAACAACGACUCCUUCUGCAGCAAAUGGUCGGUCUUCAAGAGAAAAUGAAGGAACAGGCUUCCCAGCAAAAUAACCAGCAAGCCCAGCCAGCUCAGCCUCUGCUGGUGACUCCUCAGAGCGGCCAGGUCGUACUGGGGGGAGGUGUGAGCGGCAUGCAACCGCAGAUUAUUACUAUUCAACCGCAGCAACUGCAACAGCUGCAAGCGAAUCAGCAACAGCUCCGGUCUCAACAACACCUAAGAACCAUCGCGCCUGCGCCGAUUCAAAUGCCAAACGGGGCCAAACUGCAGAUGGCUAAGGGUUCGACGGCCAUUGAUCCUGCGCAACUCCUACUCGCUAACGGAUCAGCUCUAAUCAAUGGUCAACUACUCGGAGGAAUGCCUCCGGGGGUGGUGGUAGUACAAACGUCUCAGGCGAUGACCGUUCCGACAUCUACGGGGGGCACGGUUCAGGUCAGCACGGUCGCAGCGGCGUCGCAAGGCGCUACCACGUUCGUUAACGCACUCAAUAACCCGGCCACUAACACUUUGGCUGUCGGACAAGACCCCAGCAAACAAAUUAGCCAAGCAAACCCGGCGGCACCUUUCAUUCUUGGAGGCCUAAACGCUAAUCAGCAAAUCUUCAAGAAGGUCGUGCUCGGCAACGUCAACGGCAUUCCGACGAUGGUUCAAAUAAAUUCGAAUCAACUCAACCAGCUGGGCCAGUUCGGCCAGAACCAAGGAAUCGUCCAACUGAUGACCCAGCCCCAAGCCACCCAGCUGAUGUCGACGGCGCCGAAGCAAUUGCCGGUUGUAAAAUCCGUCAAUUCGAUCUUGAACAAAGCCACCACGUCGUCGAUGUCGUCGUCCGGGAUGAUGGCAGCGACCGUAUCGACCUCCUCGUCCCCAGCUACAUCGUUCAUCCUGACUUCAUCAUCGUCGUCGCCAUGCGUGUUCUCGGUAGCGACCCUGGUGUCGACAUCUGCGACAACAUUGACUACCACAACCUCGACAACGAAUAGCGCCGCGAUACCGUCGGCAAGUCAAGAACCGCGGACCAAGGUCCGAAUGCAGGCGCCACCUGCUCCGCCUGUGAAGAUGGAAGUGUGCGAUUCCACUGUUGGGACCACCAGUCUUCCGUCGAAACAGGAAAGCUGCCUCCCGCAGAAAACGAUUCCGAUCAUCAGCCCCACCGUUGCCGCAUCUCAUACUCCUCUGAUCUCAACCUGCAGUUCACCUUCCCCGGCGUUAGCGGGGACCUCGGGCACCGUGGCCUCGAGACAACCCAUAAAGGUCCAAGUCCCUGUGAGUGUUCCGAUGAACAUCGCUGUAAAUAGCGCCAACAAGAAGCACACUCCACCGAAGAAGGUCGCUCCCAUUGAGGACAAAUUGAAAACAACCCCGACCACUAUCAAGUGUGAGAUCCCGACCCCUUCGCCAAGCAAUGUCCUGCCCCAAGUCAAACAAGAAACGAAACAAAUUAACGGCGGGUUCGAACUUAUCCAAUCGCCGGUGUCCGCGCCCAAAGCAGCAAUCUCAUCUACGCCGCCAGCGUUGCCGCAGCAGCAGAUACAGCAGCAGCAACAGCAGCAGCAGCAGCAGCAAGCGCCAACGUUGUCGAAAGCGGCCAAGAAGAGACAAGUUGCCAAAGAGCGCGAACGACUCGCACAAGAGAAAGCCAAGAGAACCCGUUUUGAGAAGCUCGUCUCUCGCGACCAACAAUCCAUAUUGACCCCAUCCCUCGAUGAGUUCCGGAGCCGGGACGACGCUAUCGAGCGCUUACUCCCCUACCACCUAAAUGACGUCGGAGGACCCUCAGUUCUUGACUUGCAGGCGCAAGACGCCUCAUUUGAAAACCUUUCUUCACAUCUUCUGCGACAGAAGGUCAACCUGAUCUCAAGAUUCCACUUCAGCAGGUUCAGGUCCGGCUUGCUCGAAUGUUCUACUAGCGAACAAAUGUUGGUGUCCAGAAUGCUUCUCGAAGACGAAAUGGACAUGAAAGCCGAGCGCAGCCAUGACGACGAUCCAGUAGAUGCAAGAAAAGGUAAACAUAUGGAAGAGUACGACGACAGUAUGGACAACGUGAAAGGGACCAGCGAGGCUUCCUCGUCGAUGAUUCACGCGCCAGAGAGUCUUGAUCUGGAGGAUGGUAUUUCUUCGCAUUCCACUAGCUGUCAAUUGGCAGACCACGUGGUAGGCGACGUGAGCAACCAGGCGCUCGGGGAAGACUCUUUGUCAGAUCUGGUUUCGGACAGCCAUUUGUUGUCAAACCAGUUGUUGGCGCCAAGUGACGAUCCCGACCUCGACAACGCUGUGAACUCGAUACUCUUUGCAUAG